CUCUUUCUCUCUUUUUUUUUCUCUUUAGCAUAGUCCCUUUGAUCUAACAUGUCAAACGACGAAAAGAUAGAGGUGAAUUCCACGAAAGGCAGUAUAACCAAAGCAGAGGUUGUGGCUGCUGAAGCCUCGUCCAAAGAUCUCAAUGACAAGCGUAUUGAUCCCGAGUUGGCCAAAUAUGCCGGUGGCGAGAUCAUUGAAGUCGACGAAGCAACCAAUAAACGAUUGAAGAACAUGUUGUUUCGUCGCGUUCUGUUCAUCAUGACGGUCACAUAUUUCCUUCAGGCUCUGGACAAGGGUACAUUGUCAUUUGCAUCUAUCAUGAACUUGAUCGAAGAUACUAAUCUUGUCGGUCAACAGUACUCAUGGUUGACAACAUGUAUUUACAUUGCCGUCCUGAUUGUCGAAUACCCCAUUAACUGGAUCAUCCAACGUGUACCUAUCGCCAAGUUCCUUGCAUUCAACAUUCUCGCCUGGAGCACCGUGCUGGCUUUUCACGCUAUGUGCACCAACUUUGUCGGUCUGCUCGUUUGCCGUACAUUACUCGGUAUCUUUGAAGCAAGCUGUCAGCCCACUUUUGUCGUCCUGUCCAGCAUGUGGUUCAAGCGAGAAGAACAAGCCAUGAUUGUCACUGUCUGGUACAUGAUGAACGGCUUCCAACAAAUCGUCGGUGGUUUGCUCGCCUAUGCCUUCACACACAUCACCAGUGGUCCCAUCAAAUCGUGGCAGGCACUGUUCAUCACCUACGGUAGCUUCUCGUUCUUGUGGGGUAUUGUCGUGCUUUUGUGGAUGCCUGACAGUCCCAUGCGUGCCAAAUGCUACUCGGAAGAAGACAAGAAACUUUUAGUCGAGCGUGUACGAUCCAACCAGACCGGUUUGCAAAAUAAGACGUUCCGUAAAGAACAGUUCAUCGAGGCAUUCAAGGAUUUCCAAGUCUAUGCUUAUGGUUUGAUUGCUUUCUUGACGACAUUGCCCACUUCCGGUUUGGGAGCCUUUGCCAACAUUAUCAUUACCGGUUUUGGAUUCAGUGUCUUGGAAACACAGUUAUUGGCCAUGGUUUUGGGUGCAUACAUCAUGUUCUGCUUGCUGUCGUCAAGCUACAUCACCAAGCGAUGGGGUCAUACCGUGCUUGUCAUGAUGGCCUAUGUUAUUCCAUCUGUCAUUGGCACCAUCGUCUUGUUGGCUGUCGAAAACACUAAUGCAGCAACACAAGCGGGUCUUUUGAUGUGCUACUACCUCGUUUUGUCAUUCUGGGCAACCUCAACACUUAGCAUUUCAUUGCUCAGCCGAAACGUCGGUGGACAGACCAAAAAGUCGGUUGCUGUCGCUUUCAACUUUAUCUGCUGGGCCGCGGGUAACGCGAUCGGUCCUCAGGUGUUCCAACAGCAUGAAAGCCCACGCUACUUCACUGGGUUCGCUGUCCAUAUCGUAUGCUAUGCGCUCUUGUUGCUUACACUCGGCUUGCUCCGAUGGCAUUUCAUCCGCCAGAACCGCAAGAAGGCCGAGUACUUGGCGGAGCGUACCGAAGAACAGGAUAAGGAAGGUAGACAUUCCUUUGAUGACUUGACGGAUGUGCAGAACCCCAACUUUGUUUAUAUCUAUUAA